AUGACACAAUCCGAACACCUCAAGUCCGACUCCAUCCUCAUCGUGGGCGCCGGGAUUUUCGGCCUAGGCACGGCCCUGGAGUUGAGCAAAAGAGGUUAUACGAACAUAACAGUGAUCUAUCGGUACAAUGUCCCUGUUCCUGAUGGAAGCAGUGUCGAUAUCUCUCGAAUCAUCCGCGUGGAGUAUUCCGACGAGUUCUACGCGAAACUGGCCCGCGAGGCCCUGGCGGAGUGGAAUACCACGUUCAAAGAGCACUUCCACCAGUCUGGAUUCGUGCUGAUGGCGGAUAAAAAUGCCGACUCGUCGUACGUGAUGAAGAGCAAGGCCAUGAGUGAGAAUUUGCAGGACUAUACCGGUGAAAUCACCGAGGCCAGUAGUCUGAAAUCCCGAUUUGACAACUUCCCUACCGCAACAGAGGGUCUGAGUGCAUACUUUAACCCUCGUGGAGGUUGGGCAGAUGCGCAAUCUGCUGUCCGGUUUAUGGCCCGGGAGUGCAGCCAGCGAGGCGUCAACUUCAUCACUGGUCCUCGAGGACGAGCAACGUCGCUUCGAAUCAGACCGCGGGACAGGCGUGUUGUUGGCGUGAAUCUCGCCGAGGGAGAACCCAUCUUUGCAACUCAAACCAUCCUUGCCACUGGUGCUUGGUCAAGACAGUUGCUGCCGAUUUCACAUGCGUCCUCUGCGUCAGGACAGUCGGUGGGGUUUGUAGAGCUGACUCACAAGGAAGCAGAAUCGCUGCGAGGCAUGCCUGUUAUCAUGAACUUUAGCACCGGCGUCUUCGUCUUCCCACCUUAUCCAGGGAACAACCUGCUCAAGGUUGCGCACCACGGAUUCGGAGUUGCAAAUCAAGUUGCCGUUGAGGACGGGAGGCGUGUGGUUUCUUCGCCCAAGUUAGCUGGGAACAACGCUGAUGCCGGGUAUCUCCCUGAGGAUGCAGACAAGCACUUACGUGACGGACUCAGACAGCUUGUUCCGCAGUUCGGUGACCGGCCGUGGUGGAGGAGACGGAUGUGCUGGUACUCUGAUACUCCAGAGGGAGACUUUAUUGCGGACUCGCAUCCAGACCUGCAGGGGCUUUUCAUUGCGACAGGUGGCUCGGGACAUGCGUUCAAGUUUGCGCCUGUCUUGGGCCGGUACAUCGCCGAUUGCUUCGAGAACAAGGCGUCGGAUGAGCUGCGUAGGAGGUGGAGGCUGAGAAUACCUGAUGGGAAGGGCGAGAUACCAAAGAAGGGAGAUGGAAGUCGUGGAGGCCAGCCAUGGCGUCUGCUUCUGCCGCAUGAACAGGCGAAGUUGUAA